AUGGCCGACAUACAGCAAUGGCGGCGAAAGAUCCAACCAGCGAGAAGCCGCACGCCUGCGCCCACUCCUACUACAGAUUUCGAAGAGCCUGACGAUGUGCUCUCGCCAACGACUCCCAAGCUGCGCCUCAAGCCGAAGCUGUCAUCGUACUUCAAUCCGCCUUCGAAACCUGCGCCAUCUAUCGAUGACUUGACCGGCCCUCAACUGCCUAAAUGGCCAUCCGAUCAGCUGUAUCCCGACCCAAAGCCAGAAGAUGAAAUGGACGCAGUGAUGUGCCAUCUCAUGUCGAACCCGUUCGUCCAUCUCGAUGUGCACUUCAACGGCUCACUCAUGCGCAUCUUCGAAGGCUACAACAAGCUGAAGGAGGAGAAGUUCUCGGUCCAGCAACAACUCGAUGCACGUACGGCGACGUGCAAAGCGGUGGCGUCCAAGUUCAACAUGGCGGAGAAGGACUGGGAAGAUGAGAAGCAGGACUACAAGGAUGAAGUGAAGAGACUGGAAGUGCUGCUAGCAAAGGCGAGCAAGAGAGGCCUGGCCGAAGUCACCCUGGCCCGGCAGGACAGCAAACUUCGGCAUCGUAACGCGGGUGGCCUGGAGAGAAAAGAGACCAUCUUUGAAUUUCUCGAGAAGACGCAACGAAUUCAGGAUCAGACUUUCAGCAACCAAAGAGCCACGAUGAAGCCAUUGAUUCAAUCACCGUCCGACCAAGAUCGAAAAGUGUCGAUAAAGCUGACGCAGAAGAAGUCCAUGACCAACAUACAUGACGACUUGCCCUUUGGCACACCACCGCUGGAUAUGCGCUUUUCUCUGGGGGAGGCCUCGAUGCUCGAGAAGCAGGCAGCAAGACAGAGCGGUCGUCGCAGACCUCGCACAGACUCCAGCACGACAGAGGAGUCAUUCUCAGCUUCGAGUUGCGCGGAUGAAUCGCUGCCCGACGAUGAUCCCACGAUCACUGAUAAUCGAAUCAAUUCGAAUUCUGCCCGGGGAAAUGAAGCCGCCAUCGAGAAUUUUGCCAGCACGCUUGCACGCCGUCGCAUUGUUGAACCUCCUCGAACAACGACGCCGCAGCUGCUGGACCUCUUCCCAAGUCCUCCUGUCCAACAUGUAGACCGAACUACAAGCGUGCCCAACGCUUUGGGCAUCAAUCUAUCGGCGAGCCAUUCUGCAGCCUCGUCCAAGACCGUUCCUCAACAUCCAAUCGUCAAACGGUCCACCGUCAUGACGCGAGCAUCGGGUUUCUUGCAAAAGCUGAGGCCUCAGCUCAGUGUUGACAUGUCACAGCGGAGGUUCUCCUUCGAACCUGGAGACGACUUCGCUGCCCAGCUCAUUCCAUCUGAGAAUCUCUCGCCGCACAUCACGAAGACCUUGCGGACGAUCUCAGUCCCGCAUCCCAACUCCAGUCUUCAGCUUCAACGCUUUAGCACGACCAAGACAAGAGCGGGAGGACUCGUCGUCAAGUCUCCUCACAGUGAUCCAGCACUCGGACGAAAACGUGAGACGCAGCACUUCCCGUGCGAGCUCGGUCUACAGUUCUCCAUCCGUGAGCCGUACACCUUCGAGCUACGAAGCAGUCCAAGCAGUCUCGCUGUUGCGGCUGCUCGUGCUGCCAAUGCCGGUGAGACAGUGAGCCUGGCCGGUUCCAUAGGCGGUGAGCGGCGAUCGAGCGCAAAGAGCAGUCACAGCGCGAUGUCGAUGCAAUCUGAUGGCGGCGACCUUCGUCGAGAGAACAGCCGCCCAUGCUGA